GAGUUGCCGUGAAAUGCUAACGACUGUCGCAAAGACAAGCCAUCUACCGUAAAGAUUGCUGCGCUGUGCUGCUUCACGACACGGCGUGAAGACCGACUCGAUAAUUUCAUUGAAUAUCUUCUGUAAUAUGUUCUUUAUUCAUUGUUGAGUCCUUACCCUUUUUUUUUUAAAAAUCUUAAACGCCACGACACAUAACGAUACGACCAUCAGAAUGUUUAAAAAGUUUGACGAAAAAGAAAAUGUCUCUAACUGCAUUCAGCUGAAGACGUCUGUAAUCAAAGGCAUUAAAAAUCAGCUUGUUGAGCAGUUCCCUGACAUUGACCCAUGGCUCAAUCAAAUCAUGCCCAAAAAGGAUCCUGUCAAAAUUGUCAGAUGCCAUGAACACAUUGAAAUUCUGACUGUAAAUGGCGAGUUGCUAUUCUUCAGGCAGAGAGAAGGACCUUUCUACCCAACCCUGCGACUGCUGCACAAAUAUCCGUUCAUACUUCCACACCAACAAGUUGAUAAAGGAGCUAUCAAGUUUGUUCUGAGUGGAGCGAAUAUCAUGUGCCCAGGUCUGACGUCACCAGGAGCAAAACUCUACCCUGCUAACGUGGACACGGUAGUUGCGAUAAUGGCAGAAGGCAAGCAGCAUGCGCUCUCCGUGGGUGUGAUGAAGAUGACUGCAGACAACAUAGGAAAGGUCAACAAGGGGAUCGGGAUCGAAAACGUUCAUUAUCUUAAUGAUGGACUGUGGCACAUGAAGACAUAUAAGUAACACCACCAUAAAACAGCUUUAUGUUAUCAGAAUCUUUGAACUGCCAGACACCAUUCCCUGCCUGUCUGCUGUAUGUCGUCGGCAAACCACGCUGAAGAUCUUGAACCUAGUGCACUAAAUAAACCCCCAUUCAAGCCAA